AUGGAAUCACAGGCGAACACAUUACCAGAGAUAUGGGUCGUGUCCUCCGCAAUCGAAACAGCCCCAGGCCAGGACUACAUCGUUUUGCCGGAGCAGCGGUGGCUCGAUGGUGAUUCCGUGGAACCCAGGGUUGCAAAACAGUGUGUUGCAAUGGCUAUAAUUCACUCUUCGACUGAAGAGUCGGCUGCUCGAAAAGACAAGAGCUCAUCCAUUGGAAAAGGACUGCUUCAGGAUUGGUACGAUGAUGGCAACGACCAAGACUACCGGAACGGGCAGCGUGUCUCUGUGCCUGCCGGGGUCUCCAUCGAAUACCAGAUAACAGGCAAGGUUGAGUUUGAAGUGGCGGGCGAGAGCUUGCAGAAAAAUAAGGAGAAGCAAAUAUUCGAUUUGGAGCAGCCGAGUGCAUUCGCGCCACGCAUGGGAUUGCUGCCAAACGGUGGUUGGGGCUAUUUAGACUCCGGCGCCGCCGAUGCCGACACCAUGAAUAAAGACCCCGAGCUUGGGACGGCGGGCUCUGCCGCUUAG